GCGGCCAGCAUCGCCUGGUCCUCAGACAGCAUUCCAGCCGAUUGGGGCUGUAUUUUUGCAUGUAAGGCGAGGGGAGAACCAGUGAGCUUGAGCGUGUGAUAGUGCGGAAAUGCAAAUGCACAGUCGUUUAGUGACCCAUAUUGCGAAAACCAGCAAAAGGAAGUUGUGUUUUGCUGCUGCCUGAAGUCAGUCCUGGAGAGAAGUACGUGCGCCACAGAAGACAGUCCCAUCCUGCCUUGAAGUCCUGUUGACCCCCACUGAAUUUUGAAGCAUAUGGCACCCCAGUGUCUGCGUCCAUCUCUGGGUUCUCAGCACGCAGGAUGGAGACCACAGACGGUACCAGCCAGAGCACUUCCUAGGCUGAGGCCCCAAGACAAGUAUUGUGCUUCUGGAUCCUAACACUGGAGUGCAGAACCUCCUGAACUACUCCACUUCAAAACCGCUGGGCAAGAAAAAGAUUUUCAGCAAAUCAACCUCCCCCCCCCCUCUCCCCAACCCCGCCAGUCUCGUGCAAGGCCGGGGCUGGCCAACCCAAAGGACCCAGAAAGCAGCCAGCAGGGAGCCUGGCACCCGCCCUUCACCUCGGUGCCCUUGUGGAGUCCUCCAGCCUCAGGAAGCCGCCAGCCAGCCCCUCACAGAGAUCGGAGAACUCAGCUUUGAGGAUGGAGCCAGGAGGGGGGUCCUCAACACCCCCAGCCCCCAAUACCACCAUGGAUGAGCCAGAAGCUGGGCCUAAUAAUUCCUCCCUGGAGCAACCAGGCACAGACCCAGGGAAGCUCCCAGCACUCCCUGUCGGGCCUGGAACUCACUAUAGGGAGCCCACCUCUGGGAGCCCUGGCAGCCAGGCCUCUGCCGGGGACGUGAGCUCGGUGGGUGAGGCCAGCAGCUCUAAGAUCCCUAACCGGGACAGCGGGAUAGACAGCCCGUCCUGCAGCGUGGUCGGCGAGCAGUUCUGUGAGGACAGCGGCGAGGUGGGCCCAGGUACCAUCAUCAAAGGGCCACAUCCGGGGACAGCCCUGGACGGCAAGUCUCCACAGGAGGAGGCUGAUAGCGAUGCAGGCGAGGGCAGCAGUGAGGAGCCAGACCCCGAGAACAGCCUUUCUAAGGUUGACACGGAUCCAGCCAAGUGCUCUGAGCCUCAGAAGUUGCUCCACAUUGCCCAGGAGCUCCUGCACACGGAGGAGACCUAUGUGAAGCGGCUGCACCUGCUAGACCAGGUUUUCUGCACCCGGCUGACAGAAGCAGGGAUCCCUUCAGAAGUCACCACAGGCAUCUUCUCUAACAUCUCCUCUAUCUAUCGCUUCCAUGGGCAUUUCCUCCUGCCUGAGCUGCAGGCGCGGAUCACAAAUGAGUGGGAUGUGAACCCCCGACUUGGAGAUAUCCUGCAGAAGCUGGCCCCGUUCCUCAAGAUGUACGGUGAAUAUGUCAAGAACUUCGACCGGGCCGUGGAGCUGGUGAGCACCUGGACCCAGCGCUCCCUGGUAUUUAAAGACAUUGUCCAAAGCAUCCAGAAGCAGGAGAUGUGCGGAAACCUAACACUGCAGCAUCACAUGCUGGAGCCCGUGCAGAGGGUCCCCCGCUACGAGCUGCUGCUCAAGGACUAUCUGAAGAGGCUCCCAGAGGACGCCCCAGACUGGAAGGAUGCAGAGAGGUCCUUGGAGCUCAUCUCCACAGCUGCCAACCACUCCAAUGCUGCCAUUCGGAAAAUGGAGAAAAUGCACAAGCUUUUGGAGGUGUACGAGAGACUGGGUGGGGAGGAAGACAUCGUCAACCCUGCGAACGAGCUGAUCAAGGAGGGCCACAUCCAGAAGCUGUCCGCCAAGAAUGGCACCACCCAGGACCGCCACCUCUUCCUGUUCAACAGCAUGAUCCUUUACUGUGUGCCCAAACUGCGGCUUAUGGGCCAGAAGUUCAGUGUCCGGGAGAAGAUGGACAUUUCCGGCCUCCAGGUGCAGGAUAUUGUCAAGUCAGGUGCAGCCCACACAUUCAUCAUAACUGGAAAGAAAAGGUCCCUGGAGCUACAAACUCGGACGGAAGAGGAGAAGAAAGAAUGGAUUCAGGUCAUUCAAGCCACCAUUGAGAAACACAAGCAGAACAGCCAGACUUUCAAGGCCUUCAGUGGCUCCUUCAGCCAGGAUGAGAAUUCCCCCCUCACUCCAGAACCCCCUAUGAUGAGCCCCAGCUCCGAGGUGCCCGCAGUGCCAGCCAACAGUGGAGGGGGAGCUUCAGGGUCUGAGCCCAGGAGAGGGUCCUCUAAGACCAGACGUGACAAGGAGAAGCAGGGCUGCAGCGGCUGUGGCGAGACCUUCAACUCCAUCACCAAAAGGAGACACCACUGCAAGCUGUGUGGGGCGGUCAUCUGUGGGAAGUGCUCUGAGUUCAAGGCUGAGAAUGGCAGGCAGAGCCGUGUCUGCAGAGAGUGUUUCCUGACCCAGCCAGUGGCCCACUUCAGCCCCAGCCUUGAGGAGCCCCUGGAGCCCAAGCAGAGCACAGAGAAGCCAGUCGCUGCGGAGCCCCCACCCGGCCUGCUCUGCGGCCCCCUGCAGGUGUCAGAUGGUGGCACGGCAUGGAGCAAGGUGUGGGCCGCCAUCUCUGAGUCGGACUCCCUGGAGUUGGUGCUGCGCCUCCACAGAGGCAGCCAGCAGGAUGGCCAGCUGCUCCAUGCCAUCCCCCUCUCCGGCUGCAGGGUGAGUGUGCUGGACCCUGCAGAGAGACCGGAUGCCAGGCACGUGUGGCAGCUGCAGCAGGCCCAGCAGUCUUUGUACCUGAGCGCCCCGUCUGCCGAGCUGCAGCAGCAGUGGCUGGAGGCUCUCAGCUCAGCAGCCCGCGGGCGUUCACCCCAGGCCAGCCUGGGGGCCCAGCAGCCCCAGGCCCCAGCUGCCCCAUGAGCUGAAUCUCAGCCAUGUCUCCUAACUGUACAGCCGCCACGGCAGGGCCUAUGCUCUUCUGAGAGGUGGUGUCAAGGCCACACAUGGGCAUGGAGAGAACAGGCCACACAGCACUUGGCUCUGGAGCGUUCCUCCAUGUCAGAGAGGAGAAAGAUGAGGCCCAGACAAGGGCAGCCAACUGCCUAGGUCAUCCAGCAUGUCUCUCAAAGACCUGGGCUUCUGCCUGCAGGCCCAGUCGUGUGGCCCAGAGUAGGGCGUGGGGUGACUGUCAAGUAAACUCUGAGCGGGCCAUGAGCAGUCACCUGUGCCGGAAGACAGAAGGAGCUCAUGGGCGGUGCCCAGGGACACCUGGUGGAUGUCUGCAGUCAUGCCAUCCCUCCCAAUGAUUGCCCACCAUCUACACCACCUACAUCCAUGCGAGCUGAACCAUAACUGGCCCCUGGACUCCACCUCUCUUCUCUUCCCUCUCCCGGCGACUGGGCACAGCAUCGUGCUGCCUUGUAGUUUGCCAUUCCAUUUGGAGAUGCCCAAGGGGCGAGUGGUAGGUUCCUAAAUAACCAUGCUGCAAAACUACAGGGGGACCACACAGGCAUUGUGUGGGGCCCUGAGAUUUGUGCCUGCCUCCCCUGGUGGGUGGUGGACAGUGCUUAUCUGCAUAAAUAAAUAAAUGCUGGCAGCCAA